AUGGUCGGCAAGGACUGUGUCGCAAUAGCCUGCGAUCUCCGUCUCGGCCUCCAAGCCCUCACCGUCUCCAACAACUUCCCCAAAAUCUUCCAGUACGGCGACGUCUUCCUCGGUCUCACCGGCCUCGCCACCGACGUCACGACCGUCGGCGACCUCUUCCGUUACAAGGUCAACAUGUACCGCCUCCGCGAGGAGCGCAACAUCGCCCCGACCACCUUCGCCAACCUCGUCAGCUCCUCCCUCUACGAGCGCCGCUUCGGCCCGUACUUCGUCUCCCCCGUCGUCGCCGGCCUUGACCCCAAGACGGGCAAGCCCUUCAUCUGCGGCUUCGACAGCAUCGGCUGCAUCGACUUCGCCAAGGACUUCAUCGUCUCUGGUACGGCGUCUGAACAGCUGUUCGGCAUGUGCGAGAGCUUAUGGGAGCCGGAUCUGGGCCCUGAUGAGCUCUUCGAAACCAUCUCCCAGUCGCUCCUGAACGCCGUUGACCGAGAUGCACUAUCCGGAUGGGGAGCGCACGUGUACAUUAUUGAGAAGGACAAGGUCACCAAGAGACUGCUCAAGGGCAGACAAGACUAA